CUUUUCCUGAACAGUGUGAUCUCUGCUCUGCUGGGUAUAUUCCUGGUGGUGGUCAUCGCCAGUUACAUCUUCAUCGAGUUCUUCUUGGAUCCCUCAAAGCUGCGCAGUGAUAAACACUUUCAAGGGUACACCAACCUUGUUACCCGUUGCACUGGAUAACACUAUUCAAGGUAACCCCUGGUCCCUGGCACUGAUAACACUUUCAAGGUAAACCUUGUACUGGCAUCUGCUAAACCUUUCAAGGUAAACCCUGUUACCUUGCACUGAAUAAACACUUUCAGAAACCCUGGUACCUGGCACUGGAAACACUUUCCACGGUAAACCCUGGUCAACCUGACACUGAUAAACACUUUCAAGGUAAACCCUGGUACCUGGCACUGAUAAACACUUUCAAGGUAAACCCUGGUACCUGGCACUGAUAAACACUUUCAAGGUAAACCCUGGUACCUGGCACUGAUAAACACUUUCAAGGUAAACCCUGGUACCUGGCACUGAUAAACACUUUCAAGGUAAACCCUGGUACCUGGCACUGAGAAACACUUUCAAGGUAAACCCUGGUACCUGGCACUGAUAAACACUUUCAAGGUAAACCCUGGUACCUGGACACUGAUAAACACUUUCAAGGUAAACCCUGGUACCUGGCACUGAUAAACACUUUCAAGGUAAACCCUGGUACCUGGCACUGAUAAACACUUUCAAGGUAAACCCUGGUACCUGGCACUGAUAAACACUUUCAAGGUAAACCCUGGUACCUGGCACUGAUAAACACUUUCAAGGUAAACCCUGGUACUACACUGAUAAACACUUUCAGGUAAACCUGGACACUGAUAAACACUUUCAAGGUAAACCCGGUACCGACACUGAUAACACACUUUCACGUAACACCUGGUAACCUGGGCACUGAUAAAACACUUUCAAGGUAAACCCUGGUACCUGGCACUGAUAAACACUUCAAGGUAAAACCCUGUACCUGACACUGAGAAACACGUUCAGGUAAACCCUGGUAACCUGGCACUGAUAAACACUUCAAGGUAAACCCUGGUACCUGACACUGAUAACACUUUCAAGGUAAACCCUGGUACCUGGCAAUGAUAAACACUUUCAAGGUAAACCCCUGGUACCUGGCACAGAGAAAACACUUUCAAGGUAAACCCUGGUACCUGGCACUGAGAAACACUUUCAAGGUAAACCCUGGUACCUGGCACUGAUAAACACUUUCAAGGUAAACCCUGGUACCUGGCACUGAGAAACACUUUCAAGGUAAACCCUGGUACCUGGCACUGAGAAACACUUUCAAGGUAAACCCUGGUACCUGGCACUGAUAAACACUUUCAAGGUAAACCCUGGUACCUGGCACUGAUAAACACUUUCAAGGUAAACCCUGGUACCUGACUUGAGUGUUGGGUUUUCUGUCUUUUAUUUACUAUAAUCUACAGUAUGAUCAUCUACAUUCAAUCUAUCAGCUUUAUUAUGAGAGAGAGACAGAGAGAGAGAGAGAGAGAGAGAGAAAGGGAAGCAGAGAGAGAGAGAGAGAGAGAGAGAGAGAGAGAGAGAGAGAGAGAGAGAAGGGAAGAGAGAGAGAGAGAGAUGAAGACUUAAUACAAGACUAGCUCUCUGUGUCCACUCCUGACGUCUGUGCUGAUGUCCCUGCCUUGUCCCCCUCACAGUGAAGAAUGAGACGGUGGUGUGGUUUGUGUUCCUGCCCGUGGCUCCGGUCUCCACAGCAGGCCCAGCCAUCCCUACCCUGGCUGGCGUCACCAUCGCCCUGGGCCUGCUCUCUGCUCUGCUGCUGGGGCAUCUACUCUGCUUCCACAUAUACCUCCGUGAGUUUAACAUCUGCUUUAUACUUCAUGUUUAUGUCUGUCUCUGGCUGGCUGGCCCUUUGUAUGUCUGUCUGCUGGGACAUCUACUCUGUUUCCACAUAUACUGUACCUCAGUAAGUCUAUCUAGCUGGCUGGCUGGCUUGGUGCUCACUUUGGGCAGUCCAAUAACUAAUAUUUACAGUGGGGAGAACAAGUAUUUGAUACACUGCCGAUUUUGCAGGUUUUCCUACUUACAAAGCAUGUAGAGGUCUGUAAUUUUUAUCAUAGGUACACUUCAACUGUGAGAGACGGAAUCUAAAACAAACAUCCAGAAAAUCACAUUGUAUGAUUUUUAAGUAAUUCAUUUGCAUUUUAUUGCGUGACAUAAGUAUUUGAUACAUCAGAAAAGCAGAACUUAAUAUUUGGUACAGAAACCUUUGUUUGCAAUUACAGAGAUCAUACGUUUCCUGUAGGUCUUGACCAGGUUUGCACACACUGCAGCAGGGAUUUUGGCCCAAUCCUCCAUACUCCAUACAGACCUUCUCCAGAUCCUUCAGGUUUCGGGGCUGUCUCUGGGCAAUACGGACUUUCAGCUCCCUCCAAAGAUUUUCUAUUGGGUUCAGGUCUGGAGACUGGCUAGGCCACUCCAGGACCUUGAGAUGCUUCUUACGGAGCCACUCCUUAGUUGCCCUGGCUGUGUGUUUCGGGUCGUUGUCAUGCUGGAAGAUCCAGCCACGACCCAUCUUCAAUGCUCUUACUGAGGGAAGGAGGUUGUUGGCCAAGAUCUCGCGAUACAUGGCCCCAUCCAUCCUCCCCUCAAUACGGUGCAGUCGUCCUGUCCCCUUUGCAGAAAAGCAUCCCCAAAGAAUGAUGUUUCCACCUCCAUGCUUCACGGUUGGGAUGGUGUUCUUGGGGUUGUACUCAUCCUUCUUCUUCCUCCAAACACUGCGAGUGCCGUUUAGACCAAAAAACUCAAUUUUUGUCUCAUCAGACCACAUUACCUUCUCCCAUUCCUCCUCUGGAUCAUCCAGAUGGUCAAUGGCAAACUUCUGACGGGCCUGGACAUGCGCUGGCUUGAGCAGGGGGACCUUGCGUGCGCUGCAGGAUUUUAAUCCAUGACGGCGUAGUGUGUUACUAAUGGUUUUCUUUGAGACUGUGGUCCCAGCUCUCUUCAGGUCAUUGACCAGGUCCUGCCGUGUAGUUCUGGGCUGAUCCCUCACCUUCCUCAUGAUCAUUGAUGCCCCACAAGGUGAGAUCUUGCAUGGGGCCCCAGACCGAGGAUGAUUGACCGUCAUCUUGAACUUCUUCCAUUUUCUAAUAAUUGUGCCAACAGUUGUUGCCUUCUCACCAAGCUGCUUGCCUAUUGUCCUGUAGCCCAUCCCAGCCUUGUGCAGGUCUACAAUUUUAUCCCUGAUGUCCUUACACAGCUCUCUGGUCUUGGCCAUUGUGGAGAGGUUGGAGUCUGUUUGAUUGAUUGUGUGGAUAGGUGUCUUUUAUACAGGAAACGAGUUCAAACAGGUGCAGUUAAUACAGGUAAUGAGUGGAGAACAGGAGGGCUUCUUAAAGAAAAACUAACAGGUCUGUGAGAGCCGGAAUUCUUAAUGGUUGGUAGGUGAUCAAAUACUUAUGUCAUGCAAUAAAAUGCAAAUUAAUUACUUAAAAAUCAUACAAUGUGAUUUUCUGGAUUUUUGUUUUAGAUUCCGUCUCUCACAGUUGAAGUGUACCUAUGAUAAAAAUUACAGACCUCUACAUGCUUUGUAAGUAGGAAAACCUGCAAAAUCGGCAGUGUAUCAAAUACUUGUUCUCCCCACUGUAUAUCUAACGUUUACCUACCAACUAAGCAUUUAUAUAACUAACUUUGUACUUUAUACCUUAGUCAAAAUCUCUCACAGUGUACACAUCUCAACAAGAGUGUAAAUCAUAUCUACCUCUCUUAGUGGGUACUAUACAGUCAGUGAUGUGGUGAAAUAUUCAUCCCUGAGUAGACUGUUCUGAUCUGCGUCUCCUGCUGUGUGCCUCCAUAGCAGCAGCAUCAUUAGCCCCAGUGAAUACAACAAGCUCCAUAGCAACAGCAUCAUUAGCCCCAGUGAAUACAACAAGCUCCAUAGCAGCAGCAUCAUUAGCCCCAGUGAAUACAACAAGCUCCAUAGCAGCAGCAUCAUUAGCCCCAGUGAAUACAACAAGCUCCAUAGCAGCAGCAUCAUUAGCCCCAGUGAAUACAACAAGCUCCAUAGCAGCAGCAUCAUUAGCCCCAGUGAAUACAACAAGCUCCAUAGCAACAGCAUCAUUAGCCCCAGUGAAUACAACAAGCUCCAUAGCAGCAGCAUCAUUAGCCCCAGUGAAUACAACAAGCUCCAUAGCAGUAGCAUCAUUAGC